AUGCUGGUUAGGAUUACAUCAUGUGGUGCAGAUAUCCCGGAAUACAGUAGCGCUUAUUACAAACAAGUUGACCCAUUUGAACAUUCAGGAAGGUGUUCUCUACUGAAUACCAACUUUCCGAACUUCUUCCACUCUAUGACAGUUGAUAGUCUAGAGUGCAGCAUAUGCUUGCAAAACCUUGUUCAUCCUGCUCAAUUACCAUGUGGUCAUAUAUUUUGCUUUUUGUGCAUUAAAGGUUGUGCCUUUCACAGGCGAAAAUGUCCUAUGUGCCGCAGUAGAUUCUCGUCGCGUUUUUUCGAUGAUCCCAAGUUAAUAAAUGUUUGCGAUCUACGUGAAAAUGAUCAAGAUAAAUUAAGUCACAUUGUUGACUUAUGUGAACGCUUGUCAACUUUACCUCAAUCAGUCAAUGAUUCAUACUCUAGUGAAUUACCAAGUUAUUCUUGGUUCUAUGAAGGUUUUCAAGGUUGGUGGCAAUACGAUGAACGUACUUGUAAUGAGUUGGAGAAUGCAUUUAAUAGGCAAUUAUCGUCAUAUGAAUUGACUAUUGCAGGUUAUGUAUACAGUAUAGAUUUGAAAAAUAUGACUCAGAUCCGGAAAGAUCGUUCUGGUCGUUUGCGUCGAAUUAAACGGGACUUGCUAACCUGUGAAAAGAAGGGUGUAGCUGGAAUAAAAAUGUCCUCAAUUCAAUCAUCUAGCAAUAGUACAACAUCAGUGUGUAAACAGUUAGAAAUUGAGGAAGCGACUCAUUCCAAUUCUAAUGAAGUUAAUGGGGGUUCAAUGAAUAAUCCGUCUUCCAACUUACCGUGUUCACAAUCCUCCAACAAUGGCUGUUUAGAAAGUGAUAGAUCAGAAGCUAAGCAACUAGUAAGUGCAAGCCGGUCAAGUACACCAUAUUUAUCUGGAGAUGAAUGUGUUUCCAACUACUCACUAAAUCCUUCUGGAUCUCGUAAUCAACGUAAUCCAAGUCCUUCUACGUCAGGAGAAUCAUUGCGCCAUCACAAUCGUAAACGUUCUUAA